UAAUAACAAAUAGAAGUAGACCACAGUCUGCCGAGAAGCCUCAUUGGCUGAGCCUAUUUGACGUCAGCGUAACUUCCGAUAGUCAGAGGUGUCAACAUGGCAGCGUUGGAUGUUUUUGUGGAUAAUUUGGUGGCACUCUGGAGGGUAACAGCCUUCCGACAAAAUUUCCAUUGGAUAUUUUUACUUAUUUCACUCGUGGGAUCAUUUCUGAAGGAGCUGGAGCUCGUCCCGCAGACAUAUUUCAGCAGUAGCAGAAAUUUUCUGAACGUGUAUUUUGUCAAAGUGUCCUGGGGGUGGACAUUGCUACUGCUGACACCCUUCCUCCUCCUCUCCAAUGCCUCUUUCAGUAGGAGCGUUUCCUUCCUCAGCCAGCGGUUGCUGUCUCUGGUGGUCGCCACUGCCAUCUGGUAUGUCUGCACUGAGACAUUCGUCUACAUCGAAGAUGUGACUGGCUCAUGUUAUGAAACUCGCACCAUGGAAGUUAUCAACAAGGAAUUCACAUCCAAAGCCAGCUGCAGGCACGCUGGCUUCCACUGGCAGGGCUACGACAUCUCAGGACAUUCCUUCAUCCUGGCCUACUCUGCUCUUUUUAUCAUGGAGGAAACUGCCCCUAUGGUUUCUCUGAAGACAGCCAGUCUGUCUGCACUGCCCAGGAUGGUCCUCAGCCUGCUGUAUGUAGCUCUCAAUUUUAUCAUGGUCAUCUGGGUGUGGAUGUUUGCUUGCACCUCUGUGUACUUCCACGACCCGAUUCACAAGUUGCUAGGGACCAUUUGCGGCCUGUUGGGGUGGUAUCUGACCUAUAGGGUUUGGUAUCUAAAACCUCUGUCACCAGGACUCCCCCCUCAGCUCCACCUGAAGGAACAGAAGCAGCACGCCUGAGCUGUACAGCACUGUUGUUAACAUUGCAGCCAUCCUCACAACAACACACUACAGCUGAUGUUAUCUCUGUCCAGGUCCAAGCUGGUCGUACUAUUUUAAGUGGUUCCUUCCUCACAGAAAUGUCACUCUGUGCAGGAGGGACUGGCUUGCAGCUCCUCCAUAGCAUUUGGCAGCUGCUGUUCCCCAAGUAAGAUUUAGUAAUCUGAGAUAAAAGCAAGACACCACCCUGUCAUUCAGCUUUAGUCUCUGUUUCUGGCAUGUUACACCACUGUUUGUCUGUCAGUUUGUUGCCUUAUAAUGCUUUACUCAUGGAUGAGUCAUCACAGUAUUUUAGAUUCCUGCAUGGGAACAUUCGAGAAUGUUUACAACUCUAGUUGUACGCUACUGACAUGCAUUUCUGCAGACCAAUGUACAGUAGGUGUUCAUUGUUUUUAUAGGAAACUACCUUCACAGCAUAGACCAGACACUCAAGCUACAGUGGAAGCACAUCUCAUUCUACAUGUAGGAUUUUAAUGAGCUGGACAGUGUGCGUGUGUGUGUUUAUCACCUGUUUGGGAUUACUACAAGUGUGUCAACAACAUUUGUAAAGUUUACUCAAAGAAUGUGGAGUUUGAUUAAGAAUUGUAGUUGCAAAUUUUUAUUAAAAGGCUUUAAAG